AGUAUUCGGUCGAACGGCGUAUGAGACGUACGCAAAAACCAAACCCUCAGACUCACCUUCAAAAUAAGAGCAUUUUUAGAAGAUCAUCUAUUAAUAGAAGUGGCGAAUUUUUCUAAUUCUCCCAUUUUCUCCAAAAAGGUGCAAAAACACUCGAUUCGUGUGUGAGAUUUCGCAAAAAUUCUUAAUAAUCUUUACAAAGACACAACGCUUAGCCCAAUUUUUAUCUGUCUCUGGCGGUCCUGUCUCUCUUUAUUUCUAUUUUUAAUUCAAUUUAAUUUUCCACUGAGGACAGAUUAAUGUAUGAAAAGUGUGGAUAAUUCCGUAUGAGAUAGAAAACAGACGAUUCUUUUUUUUUUUGUGAGUAAAAGUUUGAAAUGAAUUUUGCUGAAAUUCUCUGUGUCUCCAGAAUCUCGUAAACACCUGGAAAGCUGCUGCACCAAAAGGUGCUUUUGACAUGCAGAAUCGAGACCGUUAGGAAUGAGAAUUAGCAAUAAGGAUGAAGAGGUGAUUGAGUUUUCCUUGUGAGAUUGCAAUGAUGGCAUCUGGAGAUGAAGCGAAUUGGCUGCCAAUGAAUUCGAUGAAGGUGCUAAAUGAUUCAAGAUUGGAUACUAUACCACAACAGGAUGCUGCUAUAAUGGACUUCAAUUUGAGCUCUGCACAUACAAAUCGAGGCAGUGAUGUUAGUUAUACAAGUGGCUCACGCUACGAUCUUAUACACAACGAACUGGUGCAGGCCACCUUCUGCUUUCUCUACCUCGUGAUCUUCGUAUUGGGCAUCUUUGGGAAUGUCCUUGUGUGCUUCGUAGUUUUCAGGAAUAAAGCCAUGCAGACUGUGACGAAUCUUUUCAUCACAAAUCUGGCCCUAUCGGAUAUCUUACUCUGUAUUCUAGCAGUGCCAUUUACACCACUUUAUACCUUUCUACGAGGAUGGGUGUUUGGCACAAUGUUGUGUCACCUGGUACCCUAUGCCCAGGGCUGCAGUGUUUACAUCUCCACGCUCACACUGACUUCAAUAGCGAUUGAUCGCUUUUUCGUAAUCAUCUACCCAUUCCAUCCGCGAAUGCGGCUUGCCACCUGUAUCUGCAUCAUUGUUAGCAUUUGGGGCUUCUCACUACUCGUUACACUUCCCUACGGAUUGUACAUGAAAGUGCUCCCGAUGAAUCACACAGGUGUUUGGCAGAACUACUGCGAAGAAGACUGGCCGUCAGAGCAGUAUAGGAAGAUAUUUGGUUCGUUCAACUCAACACUUCAGUUUGUUAUUCCCUUCCUGAUCAUAUCCAUCUGCUACACGUGCGUUUCGAUCAAACUGAAUGAUCGCGCUCGCACAAAACCUGGAUCUAAGACAUCUCGUCGCGAAGCAGCCGAUCGUGACCGGAAGAAACGUACCAAUCGAAUGCUGAUCGCAAUGGUAGCUGUCUUUGGCAUUUCAUGGCUACCACUGAACGUCGUCAAUAUCUUCAAUGAUUUUACGACCAAGACUGAAGAGUGGCCCUUCUAUAAUGUCUUCUUCUUCAUCUCACAUUGUGUUGCUAUGUCAUCCACUUGCUACAAUCCCUUCCUCUAUGCCUGGCUCAAUGAAAAUUUUCGAAAGGAGUUCAAGCUUGUGCUUCCGUGCUUCCAUCCAACUACAAGGCGCAAUGGCCUCUUACCCAUGGGUACAAAAUGGCGCUCAGAGAGGACUUGCAAUGGCAACAAUGAAACUGUACAAGAGUCUCUUUUGCCGUCCAGCUACAUUCGAUCCAGCGGCAUUACAGAUAUUAUUCCUCGUGGUCCAACUGGCCACGAUGAUGAUCGUGUUCCUAUUAAGAUGUUCAACAGCGUUGACACGAUUCUCUUAUCUGAGGUAGCUCCUCCUGCACCAAUUUCUGGUACUGUUAUUCUUCCAUCAGGAGUCCUGGAGACUCAAUUUGAUGCCUCAUCUUUGCCGCCUUUGACUGCUCGUUCGCCCACUAGCGUUUUUUAAAGGUUUAAAUAGCAAAAUGAGGAUGGAGAUGUGGACAGGUGCGGAAGAAUUUUAGGGAAAUCCCUGUAGAUUGGAAAUUAUGUGCGCAACUCGAUACACGCCUUAAAAAUCUACAGAUUGUGAAAAAAGAUACAUUUUGGAGUUUUAUCAACGAAGAGUAAUUAAUAAGGUGGUUGUAAAAUCUAAAAAAUCAUUUAAGAUAUCCCCAUUUAAUACUCCCUCUUCCCACUCCUCUUUUUCCGCUACGGGAUUCUUUACUCAUCUACAACCCGGACUAUGUCAAUUAUAUUUGGAGAAAGAGAUGAGUGAGUAUUCCCAAUAAAUCAUUAUAAUUCCAAGUGAGCAUUUUUCAUCAAUUUGUCACAAAUUGUCCAAUUUAAUUAAUCCUUUAAUUUUUGACACUUUUCCGCUCUCUAAAUUUGUGACAGAAUUUUUGGAAAUUGUCUCAUUUGUCUCCAAAAUUCCAAAACCUUAAACGCUCCUAUUUAUAUCAAACUGAAAUUUUCUGUAAAUAAAAGCUUAGACUAGAAGAGAUAUUGCAAUUCCAACCAAUUUCACAAUGAGCCCCCGAGGGUAUUUAAAUAUUCCUUCGUUUGAAAUUGGCUAGAAUAUCACAAUAUCUCUCAGUUACAAAAAAAAAAGAUAAUACUCAAUGUUGAUGGCAUUUGUGUAUAAUAAAAUUAAUGAGAAAAAUAUCCGAGUUAUUGAACUAUGUAAAUAUAAAAGUGAUUCCUCGUGGGAAUGAGCAUCGCUCAAUAUCCUAUCAGAUAUUGUUUAAAUAAAAAUAGAAAUUCGGUUAAUAUACAUGAGCUUCAUGAGUAUAUAAAUUUUUCACGUAAAAAAUCUCUGUUGCACUCAUUCCUAUAUGCAAUUCUGAAAAUUCCAUCAGUUUGUUAAAUUUUAUUAUCAAUAAUCUUAAUAUUUUUAUCUCUCUAACCACCAACGCCGUAUAUACAAAUGAGCGCGAUAAAGCUUUUUUACAUUAAAGAAACACCAUGCGUAGCGUUUAAUAAAAUAAUUUUAUAUCUAUGGAAAAAUGUUAUGCAGAAAAUGUUAGGCCAAGCAUGUGACAUAAAUUGAGUGAAAUAAAAUUGGGCAUAUGAAUUUACAGAAAAAGACUGGUAUCGUAUAAUGCGAAAGUCGAAUGACAUUUUCAGACAUCAUAUCAACAUUAUUGCCACAUGCUCAGGAAAUUGUAACAAUUUUAUCAAGAGAAAGGUUCAAUCAACAGCCCAAAAGAAGAGGACUUACAGCUGUUGGUAUAUUCCUUUAUUUGAUCAGCACUUCAACUCAUUGUAUUUUUGUCUAAGUGAUUCUGUUGGAUUAAGUUUUGUUUUAAUAAAUUAAAGUUGAAGAAGCUUUACAGAUUACGAA